CGCCGCCAGCAGGUGGCUCUCAUUCAACAAACACGAACUAAUUCAGUCUGCACCGGUCUGCACGUACAGUCACAGUGAACGAGUUCCGCCUGUCACAACAAACAACAAUGACAGACUCCGGUCCAAAGUUCAAAAUUUUCAAGUGUUUAAAGAUUAUUAUUAGUAGUUUUGUCAUUACAGUCCUAUUGCUAUUUACCAUAGCAUCCAUCAGGACCCUUUCACUGGACGUAAAUGUCGGACUUCAACUCGCACGUUGGGAAAAGACGAACAACAUAUCCCUGGUAAUAGACCACCACCAGAGAGAGGAGCUUCUUUCACAUUUUAAAGAGGCUAUCCGGAUCCCCACAGUGUCAUUCUCAGAGAAGGAGAGCAACAUCACCGCACUACGUGAAUUUGACAAGCUCCUUCGAAAAGCCUUCCCAACCGUUUUCUCUUCAAGCUUGGUUCGUCAUGAAUUGGUGGCAAACUACAGCCACCUGUUUUCGGUGCAAGGAUCACAGCCUGACCUGGUGCCAUACCUGCUGCUGGCCCACAUUGAUGUAGUAUCUGCUUCAGAAUCGGAUGGCUGGGAGGCCCCACCAUUUUCUGCCAAGGAGAUAGAUGGCUUUAUCUAUGGUAGAGGGACCAUAGAUGACAAGAGCCCUUUAAUGGGAAUACUUCAGGCAUUGGAGUACUUGCUGAUAAAAGGCUAUGCUCCACGCAGAGGAUUUUACAUUGGUCUUGGUCAUGAUGAAGAAGUCAGUGGUUACAAGGGGGCAAUGAACAUUGUGCGUCUACUGAAGCAGAGAAGUGUGCAGCUGUCGUUUGUCCUGGAUGAGGGCCUGGCUGUACUUGACGGAGUCAUUAGUGGUCUGGAAGGACCUGCUGCACUAAUUGGGAUAAGUGAAAAGGGUUCAGCCACUGUGAAGCUUAGUGUGUCUAUGCUCCCUGGUCACUCCUCGAUGCCUCCCAGUGAGUCCAGCAUUGGGAUCUUGGCUGCAGCAGUGAAAAGACUAGAGGAGAACCCUAUGCCGAGAUUAUUUGGUCAUGGGCCUGAACGUGGCACAUUUGAGCAUCUGGCGCAUAAGUUCGGGCUCCCAAUGAAGUUUAUAAUGUCAAACUUGUGGCUGUUCGCCCCACUACUGGGCAGGGUACUUGAAAGAAAACCAGACACUAAUGCUUUUGUAAGGACAACCACAGCAGUCACCAUGUUUAAUGCAGGAGUUAAGGUGAAUAUCAUUCCUGCCCUCGCUGAAGCUUAUGUAAAUCUACGAAUCCACUCAGCACAGUCAUUACAAGAGGUCCUGGACCUAAUCCAGUCUACAGUGGGAGACCAACGAGUGAAGAUAGAGCUUGUUAAUGGGUUUGACCCUCUGCCUGUGAGCUCUGCGGAUGAAAAGUCCUUUGGCUUCCAGAUCAUUAAGAAAACUGUGCUGGACAUUUUUCCAACAGUUACAGUUGCUCCAGGUAUCUGUAUUGGGAACACAGACAGUCGGCACUUCAAAGACCUGACAAAUGAUAUUUAUCGCUUCGCCCCUGUCUGGUUUAAACCAGGUGAUGCUCAGAGAUUCCAUGGAAUCAAUGAACGGAUUUCCAAAAAGAACUACGAGGAACUUAUAGAAUUUUACUUCAGUCUGAUUCAAAACUGUGACAUUCAGAAGCUCCCUGAGCCCCACAGCUCUGUCCAUGAACUAUGAAGGAAUAUACAAUAUGGGUAACCAGUCUAACAAAUGCGAUUCAAAAGCCUGUGUUAUUGUUAGUCUGAAUAAUUUCAACAGCAACCAACAGGACCUUGACUUACUGUAUAGUCACUAAAUUUUAAACAAAAUGUGAUUCUGCUUUUUAGAGCCAGGGGGUUGCAUUUUCAAUUGCCCUGUAAUUGCAGCUUUACAGUAAACAACGGAUGCUGUUUAAUCUUGUUUGAUGACAUACGGUUUUGACUUUGUUACAAUGAAAUGAUCACGGCAUAACUACUUGAAGCUCCUUUUGCAUUUGUGAUAAAGAUUUUGCGGAAGACUGCUGUAAUGAUUUUUGGAUGUAUUUAGAACUGAUUUUUGUUGGGCUGCUAAUAAUACUGUAGUUCUUAAAAUUAUGAUGAUUCAUUUAACUUUAAUGAAAAUUGCUGCAUAAAUAUUUUUCUUCAGACAAUAUAAAAGUAUGCAUUUUCUGUGAAAAUGCUGAAGGGUGAUAUUUUUUGUUAUGUGUGCUGAGUGAAGUACAGUAGUUUUUAAAGAAUUCUGUACUGUCACUAACUGACUAUUUAAAAUGAAUUGUGAUUUGAAUUUGCACACCAUUUUUAGACAGGCAUUGUUUAAAAAUACAACACAACCUUUAAUGAUA